AUGGACGGUGUCGUCAUCGCACGGCCGCUGCUGGGGCAGCAGCAGGAGCAGGCGCAGGCGCAGGUACAGCCCGAUUCCCCUGUCGACUCGUCACAGUUUCCGGAGAGCCUUAGGGGGAAGCGUAUCCUGCUAUGCACCGAAUCCUUUGGUCCCGUCAACGGUGUGAGCCGCACGACGCUCAUGCUGGUCAACCACCUCCGGGCCAACGGGGCCCAGGUCGCCGUCGUAGCCCCCCACAACCACACAGAGCACGACACAUUCACGCCGCCGCCGUCGCCGUCUCUCUCGCCCGCGGACGGGCUGCAGCCUGAGGUGCGGGUGGCGGGGUACCCUCUGCCCUUCAACCCCGAACUCUCCAUCGUGUACCCGGUCCGCAACUCGACGCUGUACUCGCGGACCUUUGGGCCCGACCACCCCCCCGACCUCAUCUACCUCGCCUCCCCCGCCAGCCUGGGCUUCCAGGUGAUGCUCCAGCUGAGGCAGCAGCCCCGCGAGGACCAGGUGCCCGUCAUCUGCAACUUCCAGACCGACCUGGCGGGGUAUUGCCAGAUCCUGUUCCCUCCUCCGCUCAGCGACUUUGCCGUCUGGGCCUUCGCAGCAGCGCAGAGCUACCUGUUCCGCCACUCCUCCGUCAAGACGAUCUUCUACCCGUCACGGUCCGUCGAGCGCUACCUCACCGGACAGAAGGUGCAGCCAGACAAGAUGGAGCUGCUCACCCGCGGCGUCGACACGGAAAUGUUCAACCCGGGCAGGCGUCGCGACGACCUGCGUCGGCAGAUUGCCCCCAACAGCGAGACCAUCUUCGUGACGGUGUCGCGCAUAGCCGGCGAGAAGGGAUUCGACUUCCUCGCACGGGCCGCCAGGGAGAUGGAUGCCCGCCGUCUACCCUUCAGGCUGCUCAUCGUCGGCGGUAACCGCAAUGCCGAUGUCGAGGAGGAGGUGCGGCAGAUGUUUGACCCGUUGCGCGAGCAGGGCAGAGUCAUCUUCGCCGGCUUCAAGGUCGGCGAGGACUUGGCCGAGGCGUACGCGUGCGGUGACGUGUUCCUGCACUGCUCCGUCACCGAGACGUUCGGCCUGGUGGUGCUGGAGUCCAUGUCCAGCGGCGUGCCUGUGAUCGCCCGCGACGAGGGUGGGCCCUCGGACAUUGUCGAGGACUCGGAGACGGGCUUCCUCGUCCCUCCCAACGACCUGGACGGCUUCGUCGGCAAGGCCGUCAAGCUGGCCACCGACGACGACAUGCGCGCUCGUAUGGCCGCCGCCGCCCGCGCCGCCGCCUGCGACGCUACCUGGGAAAAGGUCAACAACAAGGUCGCCCGGCGCAUGGCCCAGGCCAUUGCCGAGCACGGGGAGGAGCAGAAGCGGCUCCACCGCUCCGACGCGGCGACCAACCCUUGCGCCGUGACGCCGGCCACCACGUCGCUUGCCUCGCCACAGCUCGUCCCCGUGCAUGGCUGGCUCAUGAUGAGUGACGGUGUCGGCGAGGCCGUCACGCGUCGCCUGGUCGAUGCGCGGCUCAUGGGUGGCCUGGGAAUCAUCUUGUCCUGCUGGCUCGUCACCGGGUGCUACAUGGUCUUUACCGAGUGCACGCUCUGGGCAAAGGGCAAGUUGAGGUCCGACCCCAAUGUUGCCAGGUAG